UCAUCUGCACAGAUUUGCUGUUUUCCUCCACGCAACGUGCCACCAACGCCGCGUCCGAAGUUCCGACGUUUUCACAGACGUGAUGGACCACGGUGACCAAACUACACACCAAAAAAAGGUCACAGACCUGACAGCACAAACCCACAAUGCCGUGCCUUCCUUUGCCGAACCUCCAGGAUAAAGAGGCAGAUGGGGGAAGUGAAACAGAGACAUUCAAGAAGAACCAUGAGGUCCAGUCAUCUGGCAAUUAAAUCACACAACCUGCAGACUUUACUUAAAGCUCAUCUCUUUGUUGUAUUGGACUGGUAUUUGUCUAAAUUCAAAAUGCCACCAGCAAAGAGAGGUCUUCUAUACCGUGUGCAGGAUGUGAUUGAAGCCAUCCAGAAUGGUGAGAGGGAUUUGGAGAUGGAAUUAGACGACACUAAUGCAAGUGAUGAAGAGGCAGAUGAACAUGCCGGUGAAGUGGAUAAAGAGAACCAACAACCCACUGACUGCCCAGCCGGUGAUCAUGUGGACAUCGAGCCACAACCAAACAAACUUGCAGCUAAAUACAAGUUUCGCACGAAAUCCUGCCACUGGUACAUCUACAUUUCCUGGCACACCAUUAUCCUCGCUGUGAUCGCCUUCCUCCUCUGCAAAGCUCUCAAUAUUUCUAGGAAAGAGAUACUUAACAGGAUACAGUUUCAGGCACAGCUAGCAUCCUUUCUCAUCCUGGUAAACGCAACUCUCAACACACCAAAGAGAAGUCGACCAUCUUUAGCCAUUGGGAGUCCAGUAACACAGAUGGUGACACAAGGAGUCCUUUGAAGGCUCAGAAGAGACCAUUCUAAUGCGAUGGGAGUACACCACAUGGGGUGACAGCCAAGAGGUAAUUUGUACACCCCCACAGGAUGUACGGAAGGACCUAAUUGCACAUUUCCCUGUGACGACAAAGAGAGGACGCUGCCGACUCUGCAAUAAAGGAUACACCAACACUCUAUAC